CGCCGCUAUGCACGACUCGAUCAGUGCAAAGCGGUCAGUCAGGCUAGUCCCAGCUCCCUCUCAUCCAUCUCGACCACCCGUAAUAAUAAAACCAAAAAUUUCAACCGUACAAAAUGCCUGAUGCAGCAGUCGUGCGAUCUUGUUACUUUCGUCGGCUCGCAUAGUCGCAUUCCAUCUCCGCCGUCCAAAACGAGAAAACCUCACUCAUCGCCCCGCAAUGCGCCCGUCGCCUUCCUCCCUCGCGAGGGCGUCCCAUCUCCUUCUCCGCCACCGCCACCGCCACCGCCACCGCGGCCACCACCAUCGCCACUAUGCCUUAUCCUUCCCCCAAACCCUAAUCCCCUCUUCUUCUCUUCGCCUCCUCUCCUCCUCCUCCUCCGACUCUGACGCCGACGCCGACGAUCUCCGCUCCGCCGUCUCCGUCCUCGCCGCCGAGCUCCUCGCCUCCCCCGACGCCUCUGACCCCUCCCCUAUCCUCUCCUCCUGCGGCGCCGCCUCCCUCCUCCGCCGCUCCCCCGACGGCUCCGCCUCCGUCCACCUCCUCUCCCUCCUCAAGCCCCGCCCGCUCCUUGCCCUCGAGGUGUUCAGCUGGAGGAGGAAGCUCGGCGACGCCGCGAUCCCUCUCCUCCCGGAGGAGUAUGCCAAGGCGAUCGCCCUCGCGGGGCGCGCCCGCAACGUCGACCUCGCUGCCGCCCUCUUCGCCGACGCGCUCUCCACCGUCGCCGCCGAGCCCUGCCUCUACAACGCCCUCAUGUCCGCCUACAUGUACAACGGCCUUACGCGCAAGUGCGUCGCCGUGUUCGAGGACCUCCGCCGGAACCCCCGCUGCGGCGCCCCCACCGUCGUCACCUACAACAUCCUCCUUUCACUCUACGGCCGCUCCCUCCUCGUCGAACACAUGGAGGCCGUACUCCGCGCCAUGGACGAGACCGGGGUCCGGCGCUCGAUCGAGACCUACAACACUGUGAUCGCCGCUUACGUUACCGCGUGGCGCUGGGACCGGAUGGAGAGCACAUUCCAGUCCAUGGAGGCAGGGCCUGUGAAGCCGGACGCGCGCACGCACCUUCUGUUGCUCCGCGGGUAUGCUCACGCGGGCGAGCUGGAGAAGAUGGAGAGGGUCUACGAUCUGGUGUGCGAGCAGGUCAGUGAACACGAGACGCCUUUGAUCCGUUUGAUGAUAUGCGCCUAUUGCAAGAGCUCUGAUCCGGAGCGGAUUCAGAAGAUUGAGGGGUUGAUGAAGUGCUUAAAAGAUGAUGAGUACAGACCUUGGCUAAAUGUGCUUCUCAUUAGGGUUUACGCACAGGAAGGCUUGGUGGAGGCGAUGGAGCAGCUCAUAGAUGAGGCGCUCAAGCGGAACACCGUGGUCACAACGGUAGGUGUGAUGCGCUCCAUUAUCUCGAGUUAUUUUCGGUGUGAUGCGGUGGACCGACUGACGAGGUUCGUCAGGCUGGCUGAGUAUGCUGGAUGGAGGCUGUGCCGAUCUUUGUAUCACUGUAAGAUGGUUAUGUAUGGGAAGCAGAAUAGGUUGGAGGAGAUGCACAGUGUUUUGGAUGAGAUGGAAAAUUAUAGGUUUAACCUGACGAGGAAGACGUUCUUGAUUAUGUACAAGGCUUAUUGGAAUGUUGGGAGGAGGUCAGAGGCAGAGACAGUGAUAGGUAUGAUGUGGAAGCAGGGACUUGGAAGCCCUCAAGAUGCCUUCAUUUCCUGAAGUUUGAUUGAGUUAACUGAAGCUUUGGUUAUUUAUCCACGAUUGCAUGUCCAGCUCGAAGGGUGUUUUGAUCCAUGUCGAUGGCUAUCGACAAUUGAGGUAAUUACUCGGUUCAUGAGCGCUGCAGAUAUGGUAUGACGCAUUGACGAUUAUGUGCAAGAUUAUGACCGUAGUCCGGCCAAGACCAUACUCUGUGCCAAGAAGAUAAGUUGAAACUAGACAGCUCUGACUGCACUGACACAGCCAGAGGCAGAGGUUGAUAAGCUUACUGGCAUGAAUUUUGACUGUGAGGCCUAAUAUUACUGUAGAUGAUAAUUUUGAUCAGAAUUUUGAUGCACACCAAUAGCGAGCUAGAUAUGGUAGAAGCCAAUAAGCCUAGUUUAGGGGAACAUUGGUUUUGAGACAGGCAUGAUACAAAAUACUGGAGAGUGUAUAGAUAUACUAAACUCUGCUCACUUGCUCAAUUUAGGAAGAAUAAGUGACUUUUUGGUUGUAUAUCUACUUGUCAAAAGAAUGUGACAACAAGAAGGCUCAAGUGCUAAAGGGAGGUAGGUUAUCUCAACAACUUAUUUCAAGGAUGAAGCUAGUUCCGCAAGAAGCAGUUGCUACAUUUCUAUUUAUUCAUGCUACUAAGUAGUGACAUCACUGACCUCAGGAGAGCAAUCGACGAUGUGGCUCCUCAUUUAUAUCACCAAAUAAGAGAAAAGAAAUGCAAAUAACAGGAGAUGCAUUUUUUUCUUUUCCCUUGAUGUACAAUAGAUAUUUUGUUCUUAUGCAAUUGUUACAUGCGGAUCAUAUGCUGUAGCCCUUGAUUAUUUGAUUCUUAUUUCUUUUUCUCGGAGAUAAAGAAAUCCCUUCUUUAUUUGUCUCUUUUUCGGCUGUCUGUAAAAGCUUUGAAUCACUCGAUAUCGAGUGCGGUAUUUGAUUCUUAGUUAAAAACUUGUCAUUGUUAUUUUAAGGAUUGCCCAGCCGCUGGGCACAAGGUUUCAAUUUGGUUUUACUUAGGGCCUCAGCAGGCCAGGUUAUUUC